GUUCUGUCUGGUACUGCUUACUGCUCAUGCUGCUGUCACAUCCAGCAGAUGAAGUCCCCUACAUUUCUCUUCAAAACAUUUGGGACUUUUCACAAAAUCAUAGAAAAUUUACCUUUUUUCUCCUGGGAGCUAAAGAUAUUUUAGAGAACAAUUACACUUUUAUUUCUGCUGUAGAACAUUUUCUAGCAAUAAGAGCCAUGCACAUAGAACUCUCUAGCUGCUUCUUUCUGUGCCUUUUACAAUUCAGCUUUAGUGCCAUCCGAAGAUAUUACCUGGGUGCUGUGGAACUCUCCUGGGAUUAUAUGAAAAGUGACCUGCUCAGUGAGCUGCAUGUUGACACAAGAUUUCCUCCUAGAACACAAAGAUCUUUUCCGUUCAACACCUCGGUCAUGUAUAAAAAGACUGUGUUUGUAGAGUUCACGGAUCACCUUUUCAACAUUGCCAAGCCCAGGCCACCUUGGAUGGGUCUGCUGGGUCCGACCAUCCAGGCUGAGGUUUAUGACACAGUGGUUAUUACACUUAACAACAUGGCUACUCAUCCUGUCAGUCUUCAUGCUGUUGGUGUAUCUUACUGGAAAGCUUCUGAGGGAGCUGAAUAUGAUGAUCAGACUAGCCAAAGGGAGAAAGAAGAUGAUAAAGUCUUUCCUGGUGAGAGGCAUACCUAUGUAUGGCAGGUCUUGAAAGAGAAUGGUCCAAUGGCCUCUGAUCCACCAUGUCUCACCUACUCAUAUCUUUCUCAUGUGGAUCUGGUAAAAGACCUGAAUUCAGGCCUCAUUGGAGCUCUGCUGGUAUGUAGAGAAGGGAGUUUGGCCAAAGAAAGAACACAGAUGUUGCACCAAUUUGUACUGCUUUUUGCUGUAUUUGAUGAAGGGAAGAGCUGGCACUCAGAAACAAAGGGCCCCUUGACACAGGCUAUGGAUUCUCCAUCUGCUGGGCCCUUGCCUAGAAUGCACACAGUCAAUGGCUACGUAAACAGGUCUCUUCCAGGUCUGAUUGGAUGCCACAGGAAAUCAGUCUUUUGGCAUGUUAUCGGAAUGGGUACCACCCCUGAAGUGCACUCAAUAUUCCUUGAAGGUCACACAUUUCUUGUGAGGAACCAUCGCCAGGCCUCCUUAGAGAUAUCUUCAGUAACUUUCCUUACUGCUCAGACAGUCUUGAUGGACCUUGGACAAUUUCUGUUAUUUUGUCAUAUCUCUUCCCACCAACAUGAUGGCAUGGAAGCUUACAUCAAAGUAGAUAGCUGCCCAGAGGAACCUGAACUACGGAUGAAAAAUAACAAAGAAGAAGAAGAAUAUGAUGAGUAUCUUGAUUCUGAAAUGGAUGUGUUCAGGUUUGAUGAUGCCAAUUCUUCUUCCUUGAUCCAAAUUCGCUCCGUUGCCAAGAAGCAUCCUAAAACUUGGAUACAUUAUAUUGCUGCUGAGGAGGAGGACUGGGACUAUGCCCCAUCAGUCCUCACCUCCAAUGACACAAGUUAUAAAAGUCAAUAUUUGAAUAAUGGUCCUCAGCGGAUUGGUAGGAAGUACAAAAAAGUCCGAUUUGUGGCAUACACAGAUAAAACGUUUAAGACUCGUGAAACUAUUCAGUAUGAAUCAGGAAUCUUGGGACCUUUACUUUAUGGGGAAGUUGGAGACACACUAUUGAUUAUAUUUAAGAAUCAAGCAAGCCGGCCAUAUAACAUCUACCCUCAUGGAAUCACUGAUGUCAGUCCUUUAUACUCAGGGAGAUUGCCAAAAGGUGUAAAACAUUUGAAGGAUUUGCCAAUACUGCCAGGAGAAAUAUUCAAGUAUAAAUGGACAAUAACUGUAGAAGAUGGGCCAACUAAAUCAGAUCCUCGAUGCCUGACCCGAUAUUACUCUAGUUUCAUUAAUCUGGAGAGAGAUCUAGCUUCUGGGCUCAUUGGCCCUCUUCUCAUCUGCUACAAAGAAUCUGUAGAUCAAAGAGGAAACCAGAUGAUGUCAGAUAAAAGAAAUGUCAUCCUGUUUUCUGUAUUUGAUGAGAACAAAAGCUGGUACCUCACAGAGAAUAUGCAGCGCUUUCUCCCCAAUGCAGUAGGAGUACAGCUCCAGGAUCCAGAAUUCCAAGCCUCCAAUGUCAUGCACAGUAUCAAUGGCUAUGUUUUUGAUAGCUUACAGCUGUCAGUUUGUUUGCAUGAGGUGGCAUAUUGGUACAUUCUAAGUGUUGGAGCACAGACCAACUUCUUAUCUGUCUUCUUCUCUGGAUAUACCUUCAAACACAAAAUGGUUUAUGAAGACACACUUACUCUAUUCCCAUUCUCAGGAGAAACUGUCUUCAUGUCGAUGGAAAACCCAGGUCUGUGGGUUCUGGGAUGCCACAACUCAGACUUUCGAAACAGAGGCAUGACAGCCUUACUGAAGGUUUCUAGUUGUGACAGGAACAUUGGUGAUUAUUAUGAGAACACAUAUGAAGAUAUUCCAACAUACCUGAUUAGUGAAAACAAUGUUAUUCAACCGAGAAGCUUCUCCCAAAAUUUAAGGCAUCUGAGCCCUAGGAAGCAAUUCAAAGCUAUCUCAAUACAAGAAAAUGACAUAAAGAAGAUUGACCCUCAGUUUGAAGAAGAGAGAACAGGGAUCAUCAAAGUACAAACUGUGUCCAGUGAUUUUUUGAUGCUCUUGGGACAAAGUCCUACUCCACGUGGGUUAUCCUUAUCUGAUCUUCAAAAAGCCACAUAUGAGACUAUUCCUGAUGAUUAUUCACCUGGAGCAACCGACAGUAAUGAAGGUCCAUCUGAAGUGGUACACCUCAGGCCUGAGCUCCACCAUGAUGAAGACAUAGUAUUUACUCCUGAUCCAGGUCUCCAAUCAGGAUCAAAUGAGAAUUUGGGAACAACUGUAGCAGUAGAUUUGAAGAAAUUUAAUUCAAAAAUUUUGGGUUCUCCAAAUAAUCUAUCAGAAAAUUUGGCAGCAGGUCCUGAAAAGACGAAUUCCUUAGGAACCCCAAAUAUGCCAGUUUACUUUAGUAGUCAGUUAAGUUACAUUUUAUUUGGUACAAAGUCAUCUCCCAUUUCUGGGUCUGGUGUAUCUCUGAGCUUGAGUGAAAGAAAUGAUUCCAAGUUUUUGGAAGCAGAUUUAAUGAAUAGUAAAGAAAACUCACUGGGAAAAAAUGUAUCAUUAAUGAAGAGUAAAGGAUUACUUAAAAAGAAAAUAAUUCACACACCUUCUUUGUUGACCAAAGAUAAUGCUUCUUUGUUGACCAAAGAUAAUGCUUUAUUUAAAUUUAAUAUUUCUUUGAUAGAAGCAAACAAGACAUCUAAUAAUUCAAUAUUGACUGGAAGAAAUUACCCUGACAGCCCAACGUUCUUAAUUGAGAAUAGUACAUCUGUCUGGCAAGACACUAUAUUAGAAAGCAAUACUGGGCUUCAAGAAGUGACAUCUUUGAUCCAAGACAAAAUGCUAAUAAUGCACAAAAAUAAUCCAGCUUUGAGGCUAAAUUAUGUGUCAAAUAAAACUACUCCAUUAAAGAAUAUGGAAAUAGGUUACCAAAAAAGGGUGGGGCCUGUGCUACAAGAUUCAGAAAAUCCAGAUAUGUCAUUCUUUAGGAUGCCACUCUUGCCAGAGUCAGCAAAUUGGCAGCAAAAGACCCAUGCAAAGAACUUCUUGAAUUCUGGACUGAAGCAAUUAAUAUCCUUAGCAUCAAAAAAGUCUGUAAAAGAUCAGAAUUUCUUGUCAGAGAAAAAUAAAGUAGUAAUAACAGAAGAUGAAUUUACAAAGGACACAGAACUCAAAGAGAUGAUUUUUCCAAAAAACAGGACCAUAUUUCUUACUAACUUGACUCAUGUACAAGAAAAUGAUACACACAAUCAAGAAAAAAAAUUUCAGGAAGAUAUAGAAAAGAACGAAGCAUUAAUUCAAGAGAAUGUAGUUUUGCCUCAGGGGUAUACAAUGACUGGCAAUAAGAAUUUCCUAAAGAACCUUUUCUUACUGAGUACUAGGCAGAAUGUAAGUUUAGAUGAGGGGACAUAUAUACCAGUACUUCAGGACGCCAGGUCAGUAAAUGAUUCAACAAAUAGAACAGAGAUUCACAUGGCCCAUUUAUCAAAAAGUAAGGAGGAAGAGGAAACAAACUUGGAAGGCUUGGUGAAUCAAACCAAGCAAAUAAUGGAGAAAUACAUAAGCACCACAAGGAUGUCUCUUAAUCCAUGCCAGAAGAAUGUUAUUGUUCAACAUGGUAAGCAGACGUCAAAGGAAUUCAGACUCCCACUAGAAGAAACAGAACUUGAAAAGGGUCUAAUUGCAAAUGACAGCUCAUCCCAGUCAUCCAAAAACAUGAAAUAUUUGACUCACAUAGACUACAAUAAAAAGCAGGAGAAAACCAUUAUUCAGUCUCCCUUAUCAGAUUUUCCUGUGAUGAACCAUGACAUCACUCAGAUGAAUAGCUCUACAUUGCCCAUUACAAAGAUAUCACCAUUUCCAUCAAUUAUACCUACAGAUUUGACCAAGAUCCCAUCUCAAGACAAUUCUUCUCAUUUUCUAGCCUACAGUUAUACUUUUAGGACAGAAAGUUCUAGGGCCCAAGAAAGAAGUCAUUUCUUACAAGGAGCAAAAAGAAAUAACCUUUCUUUAUCCAUCCUAUCUUUGGAGAUGAUCAGAGAUCAAAGAAAGGUUGGCUCCAUGAGGACAAGUGCCACAAAUUCAGUCAUGUAUAAGUAUAAUGAGAGUAAUGUUCUCUUGAAACCAGUCUUGCCCAAAGUAUCUGGAAAAGUUGAAUUGCUUCUUAAACUUCCCAUUUAUCAGAAAGACCUUUUAACUAGAGAAACUAGUCAUGAUUCUCCUGGCCACCUUGAAGUCAUAGAAAAUAUCCUUCUUCAAAAAACACCAAGACCUAUCAAAGGGAAUAAAACAAAUAGACCUGGAGAAGUUCCCUUUGUUAAAGUGGCAAUGGAAAGCUCUGAAAAGACUCCAUCCAAGCUGCCGGGUCCUACUCUUCAGUUAGAGCAAGAAGACAUUGACUAUGAUGAUACCAUCUCAUUUGUAACAAAGAGGGAAGAUUUUGACAUUUAUGGUGAGGAUGAAAACCAGGGCCCCCGCAGCUUUCAAAAGAAAACACGACAUUAUUUUAUUGCUGCAGUGGAGCGGCUCUGGGACUAUGGGAUGAGUAGAUCUUCUCAUGUUCUAAGAAACAGGGAUCAGAGUGGCAGUGUUCCUCAGUUCAAGAAGGUAGUUUUCCAGGAAUUUACUGAUGGCUCCUUUACUCAACCCUUAUACCGUGGAGAACUAAAUGAACACUUGGGACUCUUGGGGCCAUAUAUAAGAGCAGAAGUUGAAGACAAUAUUGUGGUAACUUUCAAAAACCAGGCCUCUCGUCCCUACUCCUUCUAUUCUAGCCUAAUUUCUUAUAAGGAAGAUCAAGGACAAGGAACAGAACCUAGAAAAAACUUUGUCAAGCCGAAUGAAACGAAAACUUACUUUUGGAAAGUACAAUAUCAUAUGGCACCCACUAAAGAUGAGUUUGACUGCAAAGCUUGGGCUUAUUUCUCUGAUGUUGAUCUGGAAAGAGAUGUGCACUCAGGCUUGAUUGGACCCCUUCUGAUUUGUCACACUAACACUCUGAACCCUGCUCAUGGAAGACAAGUGACAGUGCAGGAAUUUGCUCUGUUUUUCACUAUCUUUGAUGAGACCAAGAGCUGGUAUUUCCGAGAAAAUAUGGAAAGGAACUGCAGGGCACCCUGCAAUAUCCAAACGGAAGACCCAACUUUUAAAGAGAAUUAUCGUUUCCAUGCAAUCAAUGGCUAUGUGAUGGAUACACUACCUGGUUUAGUAAUGGCUCAAGAUCAAAGGAUUCGAUGGUAUCUGCUCAGCAUGGGCAGCAAUGAAAACAUCCAUUCUAUUCAUUUCAGUGGACAUGUGUUCACUGUACGGAAAAAAGAGGAGUAUAAAAUGGCAGUGUACAACCUCUAUCCAGGUGUUUUUGGGACAGUAGAAAUGCUACCAUCCAAACCUGGAAUUUGGCGAAUACAAUGCCUUAUUGGAGAGCACCUAUAUGCAGGGAUGAGCACUCUUUUUCUGGUGUACAGCAAGCAGUGUCAGAUUCCCUUGGGAAUGGCUUCUGGACACAUUAGAGAUUUUCAGAUCACAGCUUCAGGACAAUAUGGACAGUGGGCCCCAAAGCUGGCCAGACUUCAUUAUUCUGGAUCAAUCAAUGCCUGGAGUACCAAGGAGCCCUUUUCAUGGAUCAAGGUAGAUCUGUUGGCACCAAUGAUUAUUCAUGGCAUCAAGACCCAGGGUGCCCGUCAGAAGUUCUCCAGCCUCUAUAUCUCUCAAUUUAUUAUCAUGUAUAGUCUUGAUGGGAAGAAAUGGAUGACUUAUCGAGGGAAUUCUACUGGCACCUUAAUGGUUUUCUUUGGUAAUGUGGAUUCAUCUGGGAUAAAACACAAUAUUUUUAAUCCUCCAAUUAUUGCUCAGUACAUCCGUUUGCACCCAACUCAUUAUAGCAUCCGCAGCACUCUUCGUAUGGAGUUGAUGGGCUGUGAUUUAAACAGUUGCAGCAUACCAUUGGGAAUGGAGAAUAAACUAAUAUCAGAUGCACAGAUUACUGCCUCAUCCUACUUUACCAAUAUGUUUGCCACUUGGUCUCCUUCACAAGCCCGACUUCACCUUCAGGGAAGGACUAAUGCUUGGAGACCUCAGGUAAAUAAUCCAAAAGAGUGGCUGCAAGUGGACUUCCAGAAGACAAUGAAAGUUACAGGAAUAAUCACACAAGGAGUGAAAUCUCUUCUUACCAGCAUGUUUGUGAAGGAGUUCCUUAUUUCCAGCAGUCAAGAUGGCCAUCACUGGACUCUCUUUUUACAGAAUGGCAAAGUAAAGGUUUUUCAGGGAAAUCAAGACUCCUUCACACCUGUGGUGAACUCUCUAGACCCACCAUUACUGACUCGCUACCUUAGAAUUCACCCCCAGAGCUGGACACACCAGAUUGCCCUGAGGUUGGAGGUUCUGGGAUGUGAGGCCCAGCAGGUCUACUGAGGGGCUCAUGACAGUCCCUGUUGGUCCCCUCUCUUCCCUUGUUAGCUCCAAGACAAUUCAUAACUUAAGGCCAAUAACCCUCUCAGGCUUCUGGGUUACAUACUACCCUACACUGUCUAUGGUUCCAUUAUUUUUCUAUGAAUUUAAACUAUACAGUCCUACUAGAUACUGCCCUGAAGCCAUUUAUAUGAAGACAUGUAAGUGGCAAAUAACUCGGAAAACCCUAGAAAACUGAAUCCAAGUCUAAGAAAUAACUAGAUUUACACUAUAGAAUCCUCAAAAAGGUUGUGGGGAAAGCAGUCUGUGACUUUGAGUAAUUCUUGAAAUCAAGGUAAAUGUUAAUGUUAAACCUAAAAAAAAAACUAUUUGAGAAACUGUCUGGAUUGUUUGAGAAGUAGUUUAAUCCUACUCAGCACUACCAGAAGCCUGGAGUUUGAUCUUUUGGGGAAGGAUCAAUGAACUGGAAGAUACCAGACAUGACUCAGAGGUCCCAGAAGGUUACAGAGCCUGCUCUCACCCCUGGAAGAUCAUGGCCAAGUACCAAGUUGGGACAGGUUACGAAGUCUGAAUCCCUUAUCUCAAGGAAGGUCAGGUCUGAGGUACAAAUUAUGCACCAGUGAACUCCAUGAAAUCAAGCUAAAGCUGCAUAUCAUCUGAAAUCGAAAUUUUUUGUAGUUCUUUCCUUUGUCCUUCCUGCAUUCUCUUACAGUUUUCCUCUGAGCACAUGCCUUCAAUAAAUACAUGCACUGGAAUCUUCA